AUGACCCUCCUGUUCCUUGUCCCAGCAGGUUCGUUCCGUGGCUUGUUGCUGUCGUCGGCCCUCAGGAUGAAGAGGAACCUGGUCUGCUGGUCGCUCGUUGUCUUCCUCGCACUGUUGAGCCGGCACCGGGCAUGGGCGCUGGCAUGUGGGGAGCAGGAAUACUGGACCGUGGAGGGGGACUGUGCCCCCUGUGCGGAGUGUCCCCCCGGAGAGGAGCCGGAUAGGAAGUGCGGCUCUGGGCAAGGCCUAGGCGUGACCUGUCGAGCCUGCUCUCCGGGAACCUUCUCAGCCAGCCACGGCACGGCGCCUUGCUUGCCUCAGACCGCCUGUGAGGCCAGGAAGAGGGUCCACGCCAGCCCUGGGACAGCCACAGCAGACAGCCGGUGUGGAGGCUGCAUGCCAGGGUUUUACAGCCCUGAAGGAGAGACGGACCCAACAGCCGAAUGCCUGCCAUGCUCCUCUGCUCCCAAAGGCAUGCCGGGCUGCCCAGGCGCGAAGCAGUGGCUGACCCGGCUGGCGAGAAACGUCGAGACCCUGCACAGACGGGACGAGAGGGCGGCAUCCAAUGGCACGCGGGACGGGAAGCGGGAGGAACACACCACACAGUACGCCGUGCUGGCCAUCGUGCCGGUCUUCUGCGUCAUGGGGCUGCUGGGCAUCCUCUUCUGCAACCUCCUGAAGAAGAAGGGCUACCACUGCACGGCCCACAAGGAGAGCGAUGAGGACGUGGCGAAGGCGGAGAGAGGCGGUAAUAACUCAGCCUACAGAAUAGAAGAUGCCAACCAAGAUACCAUCGGGGUCCUUGUGCAGCUGAUCACGGAGAAGAAAGAGAAUGCUGCGGCCCUGGAGGAGCUACUGAAGGAGUACCACAGCAAACAGGUGGUGCAGACCAGCCACAAGCCUGCAGCCAGCAGGCUGCACUUCCUACCGCACAUCCCCCACAUCUGCCGGCACCAACACCACCUGCACACGGUGCAGGGCCUGGCCACUCGCUCGGGCCCCAGCUGCACCCGCUGCUGCCAGAAGAAGUGGCCGGAGGUGCUGCUCUCUCCGGAAGCCGCCGCCACUGCUGCGGCCGCCACCAUCCCCGCUCCCGCCAGCGUCGCCCCCAAGCCGGCAAAGCCGGGCGGCAAAGCCAGCCGGCCAGGAGAGAUCACCAUCCUCUCCGUGGGCAGGUUCCGAGUGGCUCGCAUCCCCGAGCAGAAGCCCAACCCUCCAGAAGUGAAAACCAUCUUGGAGUGCAGUGGGGCUGAGCCGGCCGACUCCCCCCGCAGCGGCCUCCCUGCCGAGCAGAAAUCGCUGGUGGGCAACGGAGCCAGGUCGAAAUGGCUGAAAACGGCCGACAGCCAACAAGAGGUGAGCAUGCAUGGGGUGGGCUGGAGAGGCGAUCCUGAACAAUAG